AACAUAGCAACAACAACGGAUGGACUCAAAACAAAAUCCGCAAAUCAAAACAUUCCCAACCACAAACACAAAAAAACAUUAAUUUAAACACUAACAAAUUAAAUCAAAACAAUCAAAUCAUUCUUAUCCGCCAUUUUCAUUUCCAUUCCACACCCUAAACUAUCACCGCCUCCAUUCCUUCCUCCGCCGCCGCCGCGCUGCUCCUCCUCCCCCGCCGCCGCCGCCGCCGCUUUCUCGUCUUCCAAUGGAGGAGCGGCCGCCUCCCUCCAAGUUCCACACCCUCCAUCUCCCCUCCCCGUCCAGCCGCGAAACCUACGUCGUCCAGUAUCCCCGCGACCAGAUCCACCGCGUUCCGCCGCCGGAGCACGCCCGCAUCAUCGAGGAACACUUCCGAAUCUCCUCCGAUCCGUCCCGCCACGCCCGCCGGAGAAACGUAAUCCUGAUCGCCGGCGGCGUCCUAAUCCUGGGCAUCCUCUUCGCCGUCAUCAUGUCCAUCCUCCGCGCCACGGCCUACAACCCGGAGGCGCCGGAAUUCUCGGUCGCCGGCAUCCAGGCGAAGAAUCUGGACGUGAACGCGACGCGCGGCCGUCGCCCGCCGCCGUCGCCGGUUUUCACGGUGGCGCUGCGGGCCCGAAGCCCGAACCCGAGAAUGCACGCCGCGUACGCCGGCGGGCGCGAAGCGACCCUCAGUUUUAACGAGUACAGAAUCGGGAGAGGGAAGAUGCCGCCGGAAAAGGGCGCCGACGUGAAUUUCGGAGUGACGAUGACGGGGAACCCGCCGGUGGCGAUCAAGAAAUUGCUGACGGGGGCGGCGGCGAAGGCGAUGGUGCUGACGGCGGAGGUGCCGGUGGAGAUGACCAGCUGGGCUCGGAAUCAGAAAUGGGAUCUGAAAUUGAGCUGCCAGUUUACGGUGAAGGGUUCGUUGACGAGCAAGACGAUCAAGAUUGCGUCGCAAGACUGCCAAACGGAGUCGUAGCAGAAGGAGACUUAACGGAAAAAAAAAAAAAAAAAAAAAAAAUUUGAAGUUUUGAAGAAAUGGUAGAAACAUAAAUAAAAUUGAGAUUUAUUUAA